AUGGGGGCAGACCUAAUAGAUGUCGACGAGCUCCUUCGGAACGGAGCUAACCCCAACCUUGGACACCGAGAAGACCAGGGGCUCACCCCGAUCCACUUCGCCGCCAGGUUCGGCAACGUGGAGCUGCUCAAGAUGCUCAAGCGGGCCGGGGGCGACCCGGGCAUCACGAACGCGCUGGGCCUCACGCCGCUCUCGUACACGUGCGCGUUCAAGCUCUCUCUGAGCAAGAACGGCGACGACUCUUGGGAACGCCAGCAGGUAGCUGCGAUAAAGUGGCUGCUGGGUCAAGGGGCGAACCCCAACCACGUCGACAAGGCUGGCUACACCCCGCUGGCCUGGGCUUGCCGAAGCGGGAUAUUCCCGGCAGUGGUGGCGCUGGUGGAAGCAGGCGCGGACGUCAUGCAGCGAAGACCGGAGCUCCCUGGAGGAAGUCAUGUACGCCUGCCCAAGGCGGAUCCUCUUGCGGUGACAACCGUCAAGCAGAUUGAGAGAUACGUGCAGAACAAGAUCAAUACGAUUCUUCUGAGGGAAGGAGCUCUGCUGCGACGGGAGUGCAAGGUCGACCUCCGCUCUCGGCGCCUGAAGGAGAUCCAGGCAGCCAUCGCCAGGAAGAAGGAGGCCAGGGCGUUCGUCAUACAGGAGAAGCAACGGAUGAAGCAAACGGAGGAGCUGAGCCUGGAGCUGAUGAAGGUGGACAAGGCGGAGGAGGCCCGGAAGGCUCGACGAGACUGGCUUCGGCUCAUGAAGGUCUCCCCGGGUAUUUGGGUCAAGGUCGAGGGUGCUGCGUCUGCGGGGACCCCAGGUGUGAGGGCAAGGAAGCCUCGCCCCCGGUGGGUGUUUGACACGAGCACGGCGGUUUCGAAGAGCGAGGCCAAGGCGCACGGCGUGCUAGAAGAGGAUGCGACUACCACCAAGAGACGAUCACGAUGA